GAGAAGAAGGAAUUCAGUAGUUCGGGUUUCUGCACGAAAACGUUGGUCCCUUGACUCAGAAGAGUCUAUUUUGCCUUGGGUCAGGUUUAUCGUGCUUGUUUGGUAGGCUCUUUCCAUGCUGUUUUCUUCUCGCAACUGUUUUGGCACAAGCUUGCUUAUGAAAUGGUGACUGACGAAGUAUGAGUUCCUCUACUGGCUACCAGGUGAGCUUUGUGAAAUAUCAACACGUGAAGAAUCAAGCAGCUAUUGCAGGAAAAUACGCGAUGAAAGUCUAAAAAUGGAGCAAGUUUUUUACAAGCUGACAAGAGAGAUUUCGAACCCGGGCCCAGCAGAUGCACCCAUGCCCCUUCUGGAUCAACCUCUAAACGCAACCUUCAAACACUUCCUAACAGACAAAUUCGACGCCCAUUGCUUCAAUAUCCAGUUCAUUGUACUUUACAAAAUGUUGGAUGGCAUAUCUCAGGCAGCAUUGAAGCAUUUUGCAACCCAGAACUUCACAACCUUUCACGAAUAUAACAAUGUUGCUCGGUUUUUUAAAAAAUCCCUUGGGUUGCACGAUAAAGAGAAACAGAAGUAUUUUAAAGAUCCUUCGAUUAGCUAUCCUUUCAUGAAAGAUUUUACAAAGAAUGAUCAUUUUCUUUCGGAUGAGUACUUUGUGGAAACAUUUCUGGCAGGUUCAAGUGUCAUGGUACUGCGUCGCAUUACAAGAAGAGGCAAAAUUGGUACUAAUUGGAAUGUCCUAAAACAAAGAUUGAAUCCAAAGUUCAACUGGGGUAAAGCGAUUCACUCUGUUACAAAAAGAGGCUGUUGGCAGUCAAUCAUUGGAAGAAUGGUGUAUGUUGCAGAAUUUCCAUUGCUUACUGGAUUAAAGAACCUCCCCAACAUAUUGCCUAGAAAAUAUCCACCUGGUGUCAAGAUGAUCCCCCAAACCAACCCCAUCGCAAUAUUUGCAAGUCGGUAUAAUCCAAAGAAAAGGAAAUACGAGCUGAAACCUGUCGCAAUUCAGAUAGAUGACACACAAGCGGCAAAAGUGUAUGCUCCAUGCGAUGGAUUUCAUUGGCAAGUUGCAAAAGCGAUUUUUCAAGUCUCCAGUAUGUAUUACACACAAGUUCACGAGCAUUUACUGCGCACUCACUUUCGUAUGGAACCAAUUUGUGUUGUUUUGAAACGGCAGCUAUCCAAGUUCCAUCCCCUGCACGAGCUACUGAAAUACCACUGUAGAGGACUAGUCGCGGUAAAUGCAAAUGGUUUAAAGGCACUUAAUAGCCCAGGGGGUUUCCUGAACCAGCUAUUCGGAUAUGGACACGAUGGUAGUUUGAAAUUGAUGCAAAGAGGAUAUGAGAAGAUGGUAUGGAAUGACAUUGGUCUGGAAAACAAUAUUGAGGAACGUGGGAUGAACGACAAAAAGAAAGUUCCUUUUUAUCCGUACCGCGAUGAUGGCAUCGUCGUCGAUCGAGUAAUAAAGAAGUUUGCAAGGUCUUUUGUUGAUAUAUAUUACGGUGCUGAUGAAGACGUUCAACAGGACAGCGAGCUUCAAAGCUUUAUAAACGAGCUUUCUAUUAACGGAAGGAGGCCGCCAAACAAUGGAACCGGAAGGGUUAAAGGUCUACCUUCACAUUUUACAACGAAGUUUCAAGUUGCAAAGUUUCUUUCAGAAGUACUCUGGAUUCAAGUUCAUCAUGCUUUGAUGACCUAUCCACCGCUCGUUUUUGAAUCGACAAUGGCUCUAUCUCCAUCUAAACUUUAUGCAGAUUCUAGAGGAUACAAGGAAAAGAAUCUUGCCUAUAUGCUCUCAGGUCCUCAGGCAGCUAUUAUCCAAUCAAGGCUGGCUGCAAGCAUUGGAACUGUCCAUUACGACAGUCUGUUUGAUUAUGGUGAAGAGCUGAGAGACGAACCAAUGAAAAGACUAGUAGCAAGGACUUACAGGGAACUAAUGGAGAAAGUAAAACCACUGCUUGAUAGAAGAAAUGAGCGAAGGUUGAAAAGGGGACAAGCCACAUACCCAUUCAUCGUUCCUGGUUGGGUUCCAAACAGCAUCACCACAUAGAAAAGAAAAUUGUACCUCAAGUUGAGGUGCACUAAUUCAUUUCUCGUUACUUGGCAAACUUAUGGCAAAAUGCAAUAAAGAACGGAAAUGACAUAAACUCAACAACCAAUAUUAAGCCAAGGUCAUGCAACCAGUAUCCUAAAUUAUACAGCCGCUAAAAAAGUUAACUAACAUAUUUCAAAGUAGGCAUGGGUUCUAGAAAUAAAUCUUAAUGUGUACGGAGCUUCAUUUCUCUUAGGCCAGUAACCUUUCUGCCUAUUGUUUGAAUAAUGGAUUGGAUAGGACGCUUUCUUAAAAAAUAUCCUGCAGCCUCACUAGCAUGAAAAGUUCCUAUCACGAAUAUAAAUAAUUGAUAGCAGGUUUUACAGAAAACAAAUCGCGGCACUAAAGUAUAUUAAACUGAAAACCCUAUUAUCUUGCUUUUCACCGGAAAAAUUAACUAAAAGUAUUGUCUUUAAAAGCCCAAAACUAUUUACGGGUCAAAAUAGGUGAUUUUUGCAAGCCUUGACGUUUUUGAUAGAGACCUUGAUAGAAAACGUAUCUUUUAGAGCGUGAAUGUCCUUUCAUUGGAGACAAGUCUUGAAUAAAAUCCUUUUGUCUUUGAUGUAGCAAGGCGGAAAUUCGUUUUCGUCCAAUUAGAUGCUUUGUUUACAAUUUUCUUUUAGCCAAUCAGAGCUUGCCAAUUUUGCCUGGUUUGUUUACAACUUUCUCAAAAGCACCCCUAGCUGAAGGAAAUUAAAUAUUGAAGGAAAUUGAAAUGUUUAUUAAGACCAUUAGGAAAAAGGAUUUUUAAGUUAAAAAUUAAUGUGUGUUCAUGUGUGUGCAAGUACGGCAGAGGUGAUGUUGGCAGGGGAUAGUACCAGGCUGUUGUGAUGUUUGGCUUUAUCAUCAACCAUA